AUGAGCUGCUACCAAGUCCACUACCCGCGGCUAUUACUCAACCUCUACCCCACGCCUCCCCUGUACCUGCGCCUCCACGACCCCUAUCCUUACGUGCCCCCAGUCCCCACGCCUCCCUGUACCUGCGCCUCCACGACCCCAUCCCCACGUGCCCCCCUGCGCCCACGCCUCCCCCGUACCUGCGCCUCCACGAUCCCAUCCCUACGUGCCCCCAGUGUCCACGCCUCCCCUGUACCUGCGCCUCCACGAUCCCAUCCCCCCAUGUGCCCCCCCCCAGUGCCCACGCCUCCCCUGUACCUGCGCCUCCACGAUCCCAUCCCCCUACGUGCCCCCCAGUGCCCACACGCCUCCCCCCUGUACCUGCGCCUCCACGACCCCAUCCCCUACGUGCCCCAGCGUCCACGCCUCUGUACCUGCGCUUCCACGAUCCCAUCCCCACGUGCCCCCAGUGCCCACGCGCCUCUCCCUGUACCUGCGCCUCCACGAUCCCAUCCCCUACGUGCCCCCAGUGUCCACGCCUUCCCCUGUACCUGCGCCUCCACGACCCCAUCCCCUACGUGCCCCCAGUGCGCCCACGCCUCCCCUGUACCUGCGCCUCCACGAUCCCAUCCCCCCUACGUGCCCCCAGUGCCCACGCCUCCCCUGUACCUGCGCCUCCACGAUCCCAUCCCCGUGCCCCCCAGUGCCCACGCCCCCUGUACCUGCGGCCUCCACGAUCCCAUCCCCACGUGCCCCCCAGUGCCCACGCCUCCCUGUACCUGCGCCUCCACGAGAUCCCAUCCCCCACGUGCCCCCCAGUGCCCACGCCCUCCCCUGUACCUGCGCCUCCUACCUAUUCCCAUCCCCUACGUGCCCCCCAGUGCCCACGCCUCCCCUGUACCUGGGUGCCUCCACGACCCCAUCCCCUACGUGCCCCCAGUGCCCACGCCUCCCCUGUACCUGCGCCUCCACGACCCCAUCCCCUACGUGCCCCCAGUGCCCACGCCUCCCCCUGUACCUGCGCCUCCACGAUCCCAUCCCCUACGUGCCCCCCCAGUGCCCAUGCCUCCCUGUACCUGCGCCUCCACGACCCCAUCCCCAUGUGCCCCCAGCUCCACGCCUCCCCCCUGUACCUGGGUGCCUCCACGACCCCAUCCCCUACGUGCCCCCAGUGCCCACGCCUCCCCUGUACCUGCGCCCACGACCCCAUCCCCAUGUGCCCCCCCAGUCCACGCCUCCCUGUACCUGCGCCUCCACGACCCCAUCCCUACGUGCCCCCCAGCCCACGCCUCCCCUGUACCUGCGCCCCCACGACCCCAUCCCCAUGUGCCCCCAGUGCACGCCUCCCCUGUACCUGCGCCUCCACGACCCCAUCCCCUACGUGCCCCCAGUGUCCACGCCUCCCCUGUACCUGCGCCUCCACGACCCCAUCCCCACAAAGCUCCCCCCCAGUGCCCACGCCUCCCCCUGUACCUGUGCCUCCACGAUCCCAUCCCCUACGUGCCCCAGUGCCCACGCCUCCCCUGUACCUGCGUGCCUCCACGACCCCAUCCCCUACGUGCCCCAGUGCCCACGCCUCCCCUGUACCUGCGCCCCACGACCCCAUCCCCUACGUGCCCCCCCAGUGCCCACGCCUCCCCCUGUACCUGCGCCUCCACGAUCCCAUCCCCUACGUGCCCCCCAGUGCCCACGCCUCCCCUGUACCUGCGCCUCCACGACCCCAUCCCCAUGUGCCCCCAGUGCCCACGCCUCCCGUACCUGCGCCUCCACGACCCCAUCCCUCAUGUGCCCCCAGUGUCCACGCCUCCCCUGUACCUGCGCCUCCACGACCCCAUCCCCACGUGCCCCCCAGUGCCCACGCCUCCCCUUGCCCACGCCUCCCUGUACCUGCGCCUCCACGACCCCAUCCCCUACGUGCCCCCAGUGCCCACGCCUCCCCUGUACCUGCGCCCACGACCCCAUCCCUACGUGCCCCCAGUGCCCACGCCUCCCCCUGUACCUGCGCCUCCACGAUCCCAUCCCCUACGUGCCCCCCCAGUGCCCACGCCUCCCCUGUACCUGCGCCUCCACGACCCCAUCCCCUACAUGUGCCCCCCCCCAGUGCCCACGCCUCCCCCUGUACCUGCGCCUCCACGAUCCCAUCCCUACGUGUGCCCCGGUGCCCACGCCUCCCCUACCCAAGUCCCCAUCAUUCCCCAUCCCCAUUGCCCACGCCUCCCCUGUACCUGCGCCUCCCCGAUCCCAUCCCUACGUGCCCCCCAGUGCCCACGCCUCCCCUGUACCUGCGCCUCCACGACCCCAUCCCCACGUGCCCCCAGUGCCCACGCCUCCCCCUGUACCUGCGCCUCCACGAUCCCAUCCCCCAUGUGCCCUGGCAGUGUCCACGCCUCCCUGUACCUGUGCCUCCACGAUCCCAUCCCCUCAUGUGCUCCCCCCAGUGUCCACGCCUCCCCUGUACCUGCGCCUCCACGACCCCAUCCCCUACGUGCCCCCAGUGCCCACGCCUCCCUGUACCUGCGCCUCCACGACCCCAUCCCCUACGUGCCCCAGUGCCCACGCCUCCCCCUGUACCUGCGGUGCCUCCACGACCCCAUCCCCUACGUGCCCCCAGUGCCCACGCCUCCUCUGUACCUGCGCCUCCACGAUCCCAUCCCCUACGUGCCCCCCAGUGCCCACGCCUCCCCUGUAACCUGCGCCUCCACGACCCCAUCCCCUACGUGCCCCCAGUGCCCACGCCUCCCCCUGUACCUGCGCCUCCACGGCCCCAUCCCCUACGUGCCCCCCAGUGCCCACGCCUCCCUGUACCUGCGCCUCCACGAUCCCAUCCCCUACGUGCCCCCCCAGUGCCCACGCCUCCCCUGUACCUGCGCUCACGACCCCAUCCCCACGCCGUGCCCCCUGCAGUGCCCAGCCUCCCCGUACCUGCGCCUCCCACGAUCCCAUCCCCUACGUGCCCCCCCCGCCGGUGCCCACGCCUCCCCCUGUACCUGCGCCCCACGACCCUAUCCCCGUGCCCCCAGUGCCCACGCCGCCUCCCCUGUACCUGCGCCUCCACGACCCCAUCCCCUACGUGCCCCCCCCAGUGUCCACGCCUCCCCUGUACCUGCGCCUCCACGAUCCCAUCCCCUACGUGCCCCCCAGUGUCCACGCCUCCCCUGUACCUGCAGCCCACGACUCCCAUCCCCUAGUGCCCCCUCUAGUGCCUUUACGCCUCCCCUGUACUCUGCGCUCUACGAUCCCAUCCCCUUACGUGGCCCCCGGUGCGCCCACGCCUCCCUGUACCUGCGCCUCCACGACCCCAUCCCUACGUGCCCCCCCCCAGUGCCCCACGCCCCCUUGCCCACGCCUCCCCCUGUACCUGCGCCUCCACGAUCCCAUCCCCCUACGUGCCCCCCAGUGCCCACGCCUCCCCUUCUGUACCUGCGCCUCCACGACCCUAUCCCCUUACGUGCCCCCAUAGUGCCCACGCCUCUGUACCUGCGCCUCCACGAUCCCAGCAUCCCCUACGUGCCCCCAGUGUCCCUAGCCUCCUGGGUACCUGCGCCUCCACGAUCCCAUCCCCUACAAAGCCCCCCAGUGUCCACGCCUCCCUGUACCUGCGCCUCCACGACCCCAUCCCCUACGUGCCCCCCAGUGCCCACGCCUCCCCUGUACCUGCGUGCCUCCACGACCCCAUCCCCAUGUGCUCCCCAGUGUCCACGCCUCCCCCGUACCUGCGCCUCCACGACCCCAUCCCCACGUGCCCCCAGUGCCCACGCCUCCCCUGUACCCGCGCCCACGAUCCUAUCCCCUUACGUGCCCCCAGUGCCCACGCCUCCCCUGUACCUGCGCCUCCACGAUCCCAUCCCCAUGUGCCCCUCAGUGCCCACGCCUCCCCCCUGUACCCGCGCCCACGACCCCAUCCCCACGCAGCCCCCAGUGUCCACGCCUCCCUCUACCUGCGCCUCCACGACCCCAUCCCUACGUGCCCCCAGUGCCCACGCCUCCCCUGUACCUGCGCCUCCACGAUCCUGGUCCCCUUACGUGCCCCCAGUGCCCACGCCUCCCCUGCACCGCGCCUCCACGAUCCCAUCCCCUACGUGCCCCCCAGUGCCCAUCAGCCUCCCUGUACCUACAGGCCUCCACUUCCAUCUCUAA